UAUUUAUUUUUGUACCGGGCAUUUGUCCCAUUAACCCACUGAAAAAAAUAUAAAAAAAAAAGAAAGUAUUGAGGGGAAAAAAAUAAAAAUGAAGAACCUUGUCCCCGUCUUUUCUUAGAAAUCAGACGUACGGUUCCUUACGUUAGUACAAAAGCGGCAUUGGAACCGAACCACGGGAGGGUCGAUCCAUCUGCCGUCUGCCUUCUCCGGCCGCCGGCGGAAUCAUACAAACAGCAUGCACGCAUAACGGACCACAGUCUUUAUGUAUUUCACUCUCCUCCUGCGAUCCUCUUCUUCCAGCAAAUCUCUUCAUGCUUUCAAACCCCUGCGAGCAGUCCCUUUUUCCCGCCAUUUUCUUCCCUUGUCUACCGCCGCAGCAGCCGCCGCCUUUACACCAUCUCCUCCCGCGGCUCAGAAACGGACCAAUGAGAUCGACUUCGAGCCCCUGUUCCGCUCCUGCACCAGAGCGUCCCACGUCAAGCGCCUCCACGCGCUCCUCGUCGUCGCGGGGACAUUCCCCAGCAACUUCGUCUCCACGAGGCUCCUCAACCUCUAUGCCCACCUCGGCGAUGUCUGCUCGUCGCUCUCCGUAUUCGGCCAAAUCAAGGCGAAGGACUCCUACGCCUGGAACUCCAUGGUCUCUGCCUACGUCCGGAAUGGGUAUCUGAACGAAGCUGCUGAGAUGUUCCGACAGUUCGUCUUGACCUCGGGGCUCCGACCCGAUGUGUACACUUUCCCUCCGGUGAUCAAAGCUUGCAGGGAUGUGGUAAACGGGAAGAAGCUGCAUAGUUGUGUUUUGAAAUUGGGGUUUCAGUCUGAUGUUUUCGUGGCCGCUUCAUUGGUCCACAUGUACACUCGGUUCGGUUUCUUGAAUAUUGCUCGAAACCUGUUCGACGAAAUGCCCUGUAAAGACUUGGGUUCAUGGAACGCGAUGAUCUCAGGUUACUGUCAGAAUGGGGACGCGGACGGGGCAAUGAGCGUGCUUGACUCAAUGAGAUUGGAGGGAGUGAAGAUGGAUUCGGUGACUGUGUGCAGUCUACUUCCCAUUUGUGCGCAGAGAAACGAUCUCACGAGCGGGAUGCUGAUCCAUCUGUAUGUUAUCAAACAUGGGCUGGAGUUCGAUAUGUUUGUGAACAAUGCAUUGAUUAAUAUGUAUGCUAAAUUCGGUCUAUUGAGUAUUGCUCAGUGGAUCUUUGAUGGGAUGGGGGAAAGAGACCUCGUGUCAUGGAACUCCCUGGUUGCAGCAUACGAGCAGAAUGAUGACCCGGCCACUGCAUUUGGGUUCUUCAGGAAGAUGCAGGAAAAUGGUGUUAAGCCUGAUAUAUUGACGCUAGUGAGUUUAGCUCCGGUUGUUGGAGGGAUGAGUGAUUCUUUGAAUGGAAAGUCUGUUCACAGUUUUGUUGUCAGGAGGGGUUGGAUGGUACAGAAUGUUGCUCUCGGAAAUGCUAUCAUGGACAUGUAUGCAAAACUGGGUAUCAUGGAUUAUGCUCGUAAAGUUUUCGAAGAGCUUCCUGUUAGAGAUGUGAUAUCAUGGAACACUCUGAUUACUGGGUAUGCUCAGAACGGGCUCGCCAGUGAGGCAAUUGAAGUGUAUGAGACAAUGGAGGAGCAUCAGGAAGAGGUUGUCCUGAACCAAGGGACAUGGGUGGCUGCCAUAUCAGCCUAUUCGAGCAUGGGUGCUGUGAAGCAGGGGAUGAGAGUCCAUGGGGCAGUGAUUAAGAACAAUAUUUCCUCAGAUGUCUAUGUGGGCACCUGUCUUAUUGACAUGUACGGAAAGUGUGGGGAAAUAGAUGAUGCAAUGAAGAUGUUUCUUCAAGUUCCAAGGGACACUUCAGUCCCGUGGAAUGCGAUAAUAUCCUGUCACGGAAUUCAUGGGCAUGGAAAGGAGGCUUUAGCUAUAUUCGAGAAAAUGCAGGCCGAGGGAGUUAAACCCGAUCACAUAACAUUUGUAGCUUUAUUAUCAGCUUGUAGCCAUUCUGGGAUGGUCGAUGAGGGCCAGAGAUGGUUUCAAAGCAUGCAGGAGGAGUUUGCUAUUAAGCCUGGUUUAAAACACUUUGGGUGCAUGGUUGAUUUGCUCGGGAGAGCUGGUCAUUUAGAGAAGGCAUAUGAUCUAAUAAAGAGCAUGCCUUUCCGUCCUGAUUCAACCAUUUGGGGUGCCCUUCUUGGUGCUUGUAAGAUACAUGGGAAUGUUGAGAUGGGAGCAGUUGCUUCGAAGCAAUUGUUUGAGGUUGAUUCUGAGAAUACGGGAUACUAUGUUUUACUAUCAAAUAUCUUUGCAAAUGUGGGGAAAUGGGAGGGUGUGAAGGUAGUAAGAUCGUUGGCAAGAGAUCGUGGGUUGAAGAAGACUCCUGGUUGGAGCUCGAUUGAAGUGAAUGGUAGCAUCGAUGUUUUCUACAUGGGCAAUCGGUCUCAUCCGAGAUCUGAUGAGAUAUACCAACAGCUGCGGAUUUUGACUGCUAAAAUUAAGAGUGUAGGUUAUGUUCCCGAUUACAGAGACGUGCUGCAAGAUGUAGAGGAUGAUGAGAAAGACGAUAUUCUUGCAAGUCACAGUGAGAGAUUAGCAAUUGCAUUUGGAAUAAUCAGCACGCCUCCAAAGACCGCUCUUCGGAUUUUCAAGAACCUGCGAGUAUGCGGUGAUUGCCACACUGCCACAAAGUUGAUAUCUUCGGUUACACAGAGGGAGAUCAUUGUGAGGGAUUCAAAUCGGUUUCAUCACUUCAGGGGUGGGGCUUGCUCGUGUGGAGAUUACUGGUGAGAUAGAGUACGUAGAAUAGUUUUUCCAACUUGUGGGACAAAGUCCUUGAUCUUUGCUAUUUAUUUUUCUUGUACAUUUGGCCCGGAAAUAAGGAGAGCCGGGUGAGACAACGCAGGUCUUGGUCUUUCUGACAGGUUAGUGUGGAAACAUUAAUAGAGAUGAUUGUGCUGGCAUCCAAUUUACGAAGCAGAUCAAAAGUAGCAGCAGCAACACGAAUGAGCAAAACGCAGACGGAGCAAGUAUCCCAAUAAGAAGCCUUUCGGGUCUCCUUUGCGCUACUUCUUGGUUGCGGGAUAAGUGGAUCAAUGGACAGGAGAAGAAAAUCAGGUGCAUUUCAAAUUUCGGCGAAUCCGAAUAAUGAGACCAAUACGUGUGGGGAUACUUGGUUGUGUGGUUGAUUAUUGAAUUGCUUUCGGAAGCGCGACUUUGUAAUGGAAUACCCGAUUUGACAAAAAUCGACCAAGAAUCGGACAGUGGAGAAUUAGUUGGGUCGUGCAGGGUGUAUACAUAGAUGGAUUAGACAAUUUCA